ACAAAACUCAGGCUUUAAGCUCAUCAUGGCUUCUGGUGAGCCCAAACAUUGCGAACCCAAACCCAAACCCGUUAGCCCGAUCAACCUUUUUAAGGUUGACCUCUUACCGAGAGUCUUGCUGACUACGACGGCGGCCGUGGCGGUGGCGGUGAUGGUUUCAAGCCAAGAAACCAAAACGUUUGGAGGUCUGAUCAGCAUUGACGCCAGAUUCAACUACUCUCCCGCCCUCAUAUACUUUGUGGUGGCUAAUUCUGUGGCUUGCUUGUACGGUGUAUUUACUACCCUUGCUUCGUUUCUUUGCGUAUCUAAACCCUCUCCAGCCACCGAGCUACUGUUUAUUUUGUCACUUUUUGACACAUUGAUGGUGGGAGUUGUGGCAUCAGCAACAGGAGCAGGAGCAUCGAUUGCAUACAUCGGAUUGAAAGGGAACUCCCAUGUUGGUUGGCUUCAAAUAUGCAAUUUUUAUGGAAAAUUUUGUAGACAUGUUGGGAUCUCCAUAGCUUUUUCUCUCGUUGCGUCAGUUGCGCUCAUCGUGCUCGUAUCGAUCUCUGCAUACUCCCUCCAUCGACGCAGCACAUAAUGCAGGCUUCUGUUUGCCACCAGAGGGGUAUAUGUGCAUGUAAAUUUCUAGUUUAUUCUCAUCCCUUUGUCCCUCUGUAUUCUAAUUUUAAUUUCAUAAUCAAUUAUAGAAUCUAGCUUUCUUGUGCCGAUGUUACGUUAGUUCAUCUGAAAAAUGUGAGAUGCAUGAAAUAGACAGCGUGUAUGAUUUUUUU